GACUGCGCUUUAGGCGCUGUAGUGACGUAGUAAAUGUGAGACGCUACUCCAAGCAGCAACGUUACGCUGUUAUACUGCGACGGGGGUCCUCACGUGUUCUGCUUUCUAAAGCAAUUUUACACGAAAUAGAUCUCAAUUGCAUCCAUUUUAAGACAAGCUACAGUUGUACAGGUAUGAUGAAGCUGGAAUUGUCACGAGUGGUUCAGGGAUGUCGCUUGGGUGUUUUGACCGGAUUGGGGAAGACAGGGCAGCACUGCCUAGAGGUGCCCGGCUGUCUCCUCUACACCCGAUGUGCAACUGUACCCCAUCUGACACAGGACACAUUACACACACUAAGUGAUCUACCCUCAGUCACCCAAGUGACUGUGGAAAGCCUUGCAGAACAUCAGGAGGUGCUUGAAGAAUGUAAAGAGGGUGUAAGAAAAUUUGCAGGUCUUCAUAAUACUGUGCUCUUCUGCUCUCUGCACGAUUCUGUGAACCCCAACCCUGCUGGCCACGUCACCAACAAGACAGUAUCCGUGUGGGGAAGCGGUGGCCGGAUAGAGCUGACGGCGGCCCGGUUCAUGGCUAUUCAGGCAGCUAUCCAGCCCGACUUUUAUCAGAGCAUGGCAGACGGAGAGACCUGGCAGGCCAAUUCAUCUCGCAAGAGAGUCCGUAAAGCAGUGGACAGAACUCUGGCCCAUCUGGAUGAGUGUCUGAUGUUGCACCAGAAGACCCAGGAAUUGAAGCAGGCUGAAAUAUUUGGAGUUUUGGAAGGCGGAGAUAUAAUGGAGGAGAGGCUUCGCUCAACUCGAGAGACUGCAAAGCGUCCUGUGGGUGGAUUUGUCCUAGAUGGAUUUCAUUCAGCUGCCAUGAACCAGGACGUGAGGGGUCAGUUGAUUCAAGCGAUAACUGCAGAGCUUCCACAUGAAAAGCCAAGGUUGAUUUUGGGGGUCGGUUGUCCUGACCAGGUGAUCAGCUGUGCUGAAGCAGGAGUCGACCUGUUUGAAAGCUUCUUCCCCUUUCAAGUGACCGAACGAGGCUGUGCAUUGAACUUCAACUACAAUAUUAAUCCUGACCCUGAGACAGCAGGUACAUCAUCACCUAAAGUGCUGGAACUAAAUGGAGAGACGCCCGCUGUCACAAAGCCCAGCAAAAAUGGAGAUGAAAGUAUGACGACUUUCGAAAUCAAUCUCAAGGAUAAAAGGUAUCAGGAUGAUUUUCGCCCACUUGUGGAGGGAUGUGACUGCUACUGUUGUCAGAAGCACAUGAGAGCGUAUAUUCAUCAUUUACUGGUGACCAAUGAGCUGCUCGCCGGCGUUUUACUCAUGCUGCACAAUAUGGCACACUACCUCGGCUUCUUCAGAGCGCUGCGGGAGGCAAUCGCCAACGACCGUCUGCAGGACUUUAAAAAUAGAGUUCUCAGUUGAAGAGAGCGAGAUGUGUCAUUGAAGUGAUUGAAGGACAUGGGGCCAGAACUUCUACUUCAAGCUAUGGAGGAGCCAUACGAGUGCUCUGAUUUCAGAUUAUGCGUGUUUACGUGAAUAUAAAGCUGUAUUCUCAUGUCCUUGGCAUGUAAAAUGCAGUGAUCUCCUCUUUUCCCCUGGCUCAUUUCAGAGGGAGCGUAUGGAUUUGCAUUUGUCAUUCGUUUUACUCAAUGAACAAAUUGUCCUAGGAGGGGUAUUGAUAACAGAGAAAUUACCUUUUUAAUAGGGUAGGACCAAAUUCACUCCCUAUAGCUCUCUAGUACAUUUUCUUGUUGUUGUAUUACUCUAUUACUGCAUAAUAAUCUUUAUGUUUGUUAAAUAAUACACUUAUUUAUAUAACAUAGUUUUAAAACAGUAUUGUCAAACAACAGUUUUACUUACCAAAUUACUAUUAUGGUAGAUUUGGGCAUUUUCAUAUUUUUUUGUCACAAAGCACAUCUAGCUCACUGUUUGUAAAAACGGAUAAGGUGCCUUUUGUAUGGUUUGGUCCUGAAUUGUUUUGUAUUUAUAUUCCUCAGAUAACUACACAAUAAAUGAUGGAUCUAAUGAGAUUCACCAGAAUUUAGACCUUCAAGCGAUAGGAGAUUUAAAUAAUGAUGGUGAUAAUUAUUAAAUAUUCAAUUUACUGCAGAUUACUGCUGCGUAUUAUUCGUAUCAAUUCUUUCAUUUUUGCUUUAAUGACAUCAUGCGCUUGAGCUGUUAUGUACUACACGAGUUCCAAAACAUCUUACUGCCAAUAGGUUUCUAAUGUUCAAUGUUGUGGUACAGUUUUGGAUCUAGUAAGUGUAUAUGUGGGACAAUUGAAUAUGCAGAUUCACUUUUGAGAAUUUACUUUAGUUUUCGGGUUUUGGUGCUCUAGGAGUGGCAGCAGGUUGCAUUUCCAUUUAAAAUAUGUUCCCUGACACUUUCUCAGCAGGUGGGUUCUUCCCAACGUUUUACCCAAUUACCUUUUCCGCAAGAGCCAGGAGAGAUUGUUAAAGAAAGUCCCUGGAUCACUUUCCCAUGUGCUUGAUUCUGCUCUGACUUUCAAUAAUAAACCGUCCUGAGAAAUAUGACAUUAAAUUAAAUGUUACAUCCGACUCCGCUCUCCUCUAUUAAUCCUAAACUUGACACAGACCUGUAAGCCACUAACUGCUGAGCUUUGUGUAAUUAAAUUAAGAUUUACUUCGUUUUACCUCUUGGUGAUUCGCUUUCAUGAAGCUUUGUUAAUUCUGCCUUUCAUUUUGUAUACUCUUGCUUUAUUCAUAUUCUUGCAUCUGACCUAGAGUAUUUAUGCACACAGGAGUGCUUGAAAUGACUUUGAAAACCCACACUUGACUAACCCUACACAUUUCCUUUGAGAUUUCUGAUUGCAAUGGAUUUUCUGUUCUGUAUAAGACCCAAGGUGAUAUUUCAUGAAAAAUGUCGUUCUUAUGAGGGUUUCUCAAAUAUGCACGUUGUAUGAAUGAAGUGCUGGUGAAGGCAUUAGGGUAUCAGUCCAGUGGCAUCUCAACACAUUUGAAUUUCCCUCUGGAUCCAUUGGAUCUCAGAUGUCAGUGAUCUGACACAGUAUAAGAAAUGUCUCAGUAAUGCUGUUCUGUGCUGUAUAAUAUGAAUUUUAAUUUCAGCUGAAUGUCAUGGGUGUUCCCUUGCCUCCUUUGCAUUCAAAGAAGAGGGACGGCUAUAUCAGUGGAGGGUUGUUCUUGUGAGAGAGCUUGACCUUUUGGUCCCUUUAGAAGUCAUUUAAAUCCAUUUUAAGGUCGAAUCCUUUUUCGUUUAUUGCGUUCAACAAGUGUCAAUUCUAAUUGAUAUAGAGAGACCUAUUCAAUACAUUAGUUUAUUGACUCAUAUUGUGGUUUUCAUUAUUUUCAAAUAUGGCAAAGCAUUCUGAGAGCUGGACAGUUUGUUGUUUGACCUAGAACAAGUUAUUAAAGAAGUCUGAAAUCCCUGUGGAGACUGUUUCCCAAAAAUAUAUUUUUGAACCAAGGAUGCUCAAUAGGUGGACACUUAUUGUUGCUCUUCUCAGAAAUUCAUGGCAAUGCUAGUUCCAAAGGGCCUAAAGCGUUGUACAUUUUCUCAGGUGCUGUUCCAUUUAUGCCUGGCCUACUUUCUUUAGUAUUUUGUCCGUUUUAUGAAAGGUUGGGGAAAGUUGAGUUAAAGGUUAUUGAUGUCGGUUGCAGUGGUUAGAUUUGCGUCUGAAUAGGUCAAACAGGAAGUAGUGCCCUUUUCUCGAGUCCCAUCUUUCACCUGUUAUCUUUCUUUGGUGCAAACUGAUUUCUCUCAUGCACCCAGUUACUUUUGAUUAAAUGAUUCAA